UCCUUGAUAAGCAGUCCCCAACCACAGCAACAAAGUCAGGGUGAAGAGCCAAAAAUUAUGCAAAGGCGUUUAAAAGACUACCCAGAGUGUCAUGAAGAUAUAUUAAAGCACUGUACAAAAGGUGACCUUAAACUGGAUAGUGAUUUGGCUAUAAUUGAGUGUUUGCAAGAAAUAGACUAUACUGAAAGGGAUCGGUUAGAUGAGAAGUGUGAGAACCUUCUUUGGCAAUUCAAGGUUAAUUUGACCCAAGAGGCUCGUUUUAACGAAGCUGUGCGCAGCGUUUGUAGUGAUGAGGUGGCUAUGAACAGGAAUUUGUCACAGUGCUUAGAAAUCCAGCAGCCUGGAUAUUCUCUUUCCUGUGUCAUCGAUCAUUUUCAUGAGAUCAAAAACAAAAAUACAAAAUGCUACAAGUUCCUCUCACGUACCGAAGUCUUAGCUUUCUCAGACUACAGUGUAAUUGGCCCAUUCGUUGAAAAGUGUCAUGAGGCUGUGCAGAGACUUGGUUGUGGCUUACUAACGCCCAUUUCCGCUCAUCAGAGAGCUCGUGUAGCACAUUCACAAGGUUCAACACUGGAAUGCUUAAUUAAGAAAAUGAUACAGAGUCAGAAAGAUUCUAACGACCAGUAUGGUGAAAAACUAUUAGGUGUUGAAUGCAGACACGAAGUUAUGCGAAUUGCGGAACUGCAAACUGAUGAUUUCCAUCUUGAUCGGGAUUUGUUCUUUGCUUGUAGACAAGACAGAGAGGUUUUCUGCGGUCAAGUUGCUGCUGGUGGAGGCAAAGUUUUUGAGUGUUUAAUGGAGAAGAGAGCGGAUCCGAGAAUGUCUCCAAUUUGUGCCAAGCUGUUAAUCGAGCGGGCUCAGUUGAUGGGACAAAAUUUCCGUUUAGCUCACCCAUUAGUAGAUGGCUGCGCUGCAGAAAUGGCAAAAUAUCAGUGCAGUCCGCGUCGGGAGGCUGUGACUUCACCAAAUUAUCAUUUGAGUUGGGUAUUGCUCUGUUUGGAGAAUGCAUAUCAUUUUACAAAUGGUACCGAAUUUUCUUCUGAAUGCAAGCAUGAGAUGAUGACCCAUCGGACAUUUAUGAUGACGGAAUUCAGAAUGAGUCCAGAAAUGGUGCUGUCUUGUGGGAGGGAAAUCAAUCAAUAUUGCGGUCUAAGCGGUGACAUUGAAGGUGGUGGGAAAACGCUACAUUGUUUAAUGUCAGUUGCUGAAAGCAGAGAUCCUAAGCAGUACUUGACUUCCCAAUGCAGAGCAGCUCUGGAGAAUGUCCUUAAGGUUAGGAACUUACUGGCCACUCCUGUUAUUCUUCUAGGUGCGUGUGCGAAGGAUCUCGAGUCGCCAACAAGUACUUUAAGUUGUCUCAUGCAGCAUAUUGAUACAAAGGAAAUGUCAAGAGAUUGUGAGAAACGAUUGUUAGAAGUCCAAUACUUUCUGGCUCGUGAUUGGACUUUAGAUCCCGAAAUUUAUCAGGCUUGUCAUCAUGAUGCCGUCAAAGUAUGUCAUGCUUCCGCGGAGUGGCACAAGCAAAAAAAUGAGCAACAUAUACCUGAAGAAGGGCCUAUAGUACUUUCUUGUUUGUACCGUAAUGCUUAUGACGAGCAGAAUCCAGUUAAAAACAUUAGAAGAAUUCUACGUUUACGUGCUGCUCGGGUAUUUUUGAUGCCAGACAUUGAAGAUACAUGCAGGGAUGCUCUCUCAGAAUUUUGUUCGGCCGACACAAAUCCGUCGGCGGAAAUGCGUUGCUUGCAAGAGCAUUUUCAAAAGCCCGAGUUUAAAACAAAGUAUGGACAGUGUUACGAUAAACUGGCCGAAUUUACUGCAAUGGAGGCAAAGGAUACUGCUUUGAAUCAUGCGCUUACUAAAGAAUGCAAACCAGUGAUAAGCAAGUACUGUCAGGAAUUUGCAAAUGAAGCUAUUGACCAUGGCGAUGUAAUGGAAUGCCUCUAUAACCAUAAAGAUUCGGAAGAAAUGAACGAUGUCUGCAAAUCCUACGUUGAUCACUUUGAAUUGAUUUCGCUAAGAGACUAUAGAUUCAGUUUCCACUUUAACCAGUCUUGUGCGGACGACAUUCGCCAGUACUGUUCUGAAGAAUCGGUCGGAGCUGACAAGGGGCAGAUAAUACAGUGUUUGUCUCGUGUAUUGUUUGAACAUAAGGUUUUGAAGACGGAAGAGGACUUGAAGCCGGAAUGCAAGAAGCAAUUGAAAGUCGCCUUCUUGCAACAGGAGCGAUUUGAUAAUAAGGAUCACAUGGAAGAUGCGCAUACGAAAUUAAUGCAGUACUGUCGUAAGGAUAUGGAGAAGCAUAAAUGCUUAAAAAACGCAAAGUCUUUCGAAGACGUUGUUGAAUGUUUGAGGGAGAAUUAUGAAGAUCUAGAGCGGGGUUGCCAGUCAAUUAUUUUCUCGAGAGAAAAAGCACAAGCUGUUGACAAUGAAUUGGAUGAUGAACUACAGAAGAGCUGCCAGGCAGACAUUAAAAAAUUUUGUGAUGGUUAUCGCGAGGAAGAAGUGUUGAAAUGCCUUUCGAAUUCUAAAUUUAUUCGUAUUCUUUCACCUGACUGUCAGAAGGUUAGUGUUUACAGUUUUCUGAACGAUGAUUGUGCUGAAGACUACAAGAAAAUUAAGGACAAGAAUUAUGAAAGAAAAAUGCUAGCGGGAACAAUUAUCCAGUGCUUGCGUGCUAAGUUUGCUGCUGGUGUACCUCUCUCUGAUAACUGUAAAGUGGAAAUAUCUAACGUUAUCGUUGAAAGUGAUUUCGACGUACGACUCGACCCGCCAUUGUAUCAUGCUUGCAAAACAAUUGUUGCGAACCAAUGUAAAGACCAUUUCAUCAAGCGCGGGUUUAACAUAUAUGAAGCUCUCGAGUGCCUCAAGAAAGAAUACGGAGAGGGGAAAGUUCAUGAUGAGAACUGCGGACGUGAGAUAGCUAGACGCUUACAGGAGUCACUGAAAGACAUUCAACUUGAUACUCCACUCCAUAACGCGUGCGCCCGAGAUUUAACUAUGUUUUGUGAUGGUAUCAAUCCGGGGGAAAGCAGAUUAAUUAUCUGCCUGAUGGAUACAAUGAGAAGUUCUAAGGCAAGUCGGAUGACAGAUGUCUGCAAGAAAAUGCUAGAAGCGAGAAAUGAACUGUGGAUGAAACUGCAGAAGGAUCGUCUGCCAACAAACAUGAUCGACCUCGUUUAUGUUGUAAAUAGCCACCCUCAUAGAUUGUCAAUUCUUGUAUGGUUCACUGGCUUUGUCCUUGUGCUUUUCCUUAUUGGUUGCUGCUGUGGUAGAGCGUCUAAAAGGAUAAGACGUGAAAUGAAAAACCGUUAG